AUGAGACGUUUUUGCCGCAUUCUGGUGCGGGCCACAGCUGCCAAACACUCUAUGCUUGUCAUCGCCCUCCUCAACAGCGGCCCUCUGCGUUCAACCUUCCACCUUGGUGGCAUGUCGUGCCGCCGUGCGACACGCCCAGCCGGCAUAUCGCGAAGCUCAGGUAGCCGUCAAGAUCCAGAUACUAGCCGCAUGUAUGCGUACAACGCACAUGAGCCGUCUGUUUCUGGCUUUCGACGUCAAAAUACCCAAGUGCCCUUCUAUCCACGUUCAUGCCUAGUGCAUUUGACAGAGCUGGCUUGCUUAUGUUGA